AUUCCAUUCCUAUUAUAAAAAAUUAGUAUGGCUAGACGUACUAUUUCUUUCGAUCCAAGGCAUGACCUUUUAGGCAACAACCAUCACCAUCUCGGAGUUGUGAUUGAAGAGAUUGAAGGGCUUAUCAGAGUUUACAAGGAUGGACGCAUCGAAAGGCCUCCAAUCGUCCCCACUGUCUCUAGUACACUGGCUGCCGAGCUUGGUGUGACCGCAAAGGACAUAGUGAUCGAUAAAUUGACAAAUUUAUGGGCACGAAUCUAUGUCCCGAGCUGCCACAGGAAGCUGCAGCCUUUGCUCAUUUACUUCCAUGGUGGUGGAUUUUGUGUUGGCUCAGCCUCUUGGAUUUGUUACCAUGAGUUCCUAGCUAACCUUGCUUCUAAAGCAGGUUGCGCGGUUUUGUCUGUAAAUUACCGUUUAGCCCCUGAAAACCGUCUCCCUGCAUCUUAUGAGGACGGUGUCAAUGCUGCGGUGUGGGUGAAACAACAAGCUCUGAAGGGGAGUAGUGAGCAUACAUGGUGGUUAAGUCAAUGCAACAUGUCAAGCAUGUUCCUAGCUGGUGACAGUGCUGGUGCCAACAUAGCUCACUAUGUGGCUACACAGCUUAGUUCCACUAUUUUGAAGCCAUUGUGUCUAAAGGGUACCAUUUUGAUCCAACCUUUCUUUGGAGGAGAGGCACGUACCGAAUCCGAAAAGCAUGCCAUUCAACCUCCUAACUCAGCUCUGAGUCUCUCAGCUUCUGAUACCUAUUGGCGUUUAUCGUUACCAGUCGGGGCUAACCGGGACCACCCAUGGUGCAAUCCUCUCGCAAAGGGUGCACCCAUGUUGGGUGAUCUGAAACUUCCUCCUACAAUGGUUUUCAUAUCGGAUAUGGAUAUAUUGAAGGAUAGAAACCUUGAGUUCUGCGCUGCCAUGGCCAACGCAGGCAAGAAGGUGGAGAUGGUGAUUUACAAAGGUGUGGGGCAUGCAUUUCAAGUCCUACAUAACUCUCAAUUCUCUCAACUUCGAACACAUGAAUUGAUGUCUCAUAUCAAGGCUUUCAUCUACCAAUAAUAUGAAUGAUCAGUUGGUUUUUGUUUUUAGUUUGUAUUUAGACAUGUUAAUUUGUGUUGAUCAAAAUAUGUGGUGUGAGGGGGAAAUUAAAGUUAGUUACCGUAAACAAAGUUGUACUAGCAGUUGUAAUUUCUCUAUAGAUACAUUAUAUAUGUGUGUA